AUGUUUGCACUUGCACAACACCCGGGCCCGUUGCUGUUACAGACGGGGGAGGUGCCUGGCGCACGGGAGGGGGAGGGGCAGCAAGUCGUGCCGCCACAGCUCGACCCUGAUGCGCAGCAGAGACUGGCGAUGGGACUUGCACAACUCGUCCCUGCCGCGCAGCACGCAGUCCCACACAGUUGGCUGGUGGGGCAACAAGCCGACGGCAAGGUCUUCGAGUCGCAGAUACCUGGGAAGUUGCAGCAUGAGCUGCCGCACAAAGUUUGCCCUGGAUCAUUGCAACAGACUUUUGUGGUUGCUCCAAAGAGGGUACCGGUCAUGCAGGACUGCCCGAGCGAGCAGCACGUCGCGCUGCUGCCAGUGCCACAGACCCGGGCGUUGGGGCAGCAUGUAGCGCUGCUGCCGGUGCCGACGCACGUGUUGCCCGCCGGACAGCAUGUGGGUCCGCAGCACGUGUCUGCCGACGAGGAACAGCACGACCCUCCGCAGCACUUUCCAGACGUACAGCACGCUGCGCCUGCGUACACGCUCGUGCUGGUCAUGAUGCUGCAGCACACGCUUGCCGGAGUCGCAUAUUGGGCGCGGGCGCCGAUGCCCAAGAGGAUGAAAAGAACGAUUGUGGGGGGCAAGGAAGUCAUUUCGGACUCUGGUGCCGGCGUCCUGGUGGCUAAGUGA